GUGGCAAUGGAUAAUAGUUCGUUACAACAAGUGGAAUGAAGUGGGUGCCUUAGACAGUGAUGUUGCAGUGUUAUGAGUGUUAUAGAUUACUGGAUUAAAACACAAAGUCAGUCGAAAGUGCACUUAAAAAUUAAACUCUUAACUCAAAGAAAAUAAAAUUCGUUUUCAUCACAAGGAUUAUUUGGUUAUUUACGUUGAGGAAAAUGUUAGUUGUUAAUUCCGAUAAUCAAUGAAACCCACACAAACAUUCUGUGGACAAAGAUAAGACUUAUUGAAUGUCUGAGCACGAAGUACGGCAUUUAACACUCGUAUUAUAGAGAAGUAUCAGAGAAAGCCAUCAUUAGCGGAGACUUUCGAAAAUUUGAGGAUAAUAUUAAAACUGAUCUUACUGAAAUAAAUCAUGGCUGUAUAAACUGGAUUUAUCUGGUUUGAGACAGAGAUUAAUGAUACACAAAAUACUACUGUCUAAGAAAUCAGUCUGUGACACACAAGAUACGUUCAGAUAUCUGUUUUCACACAAACAUUCAACAAACUGAAAUAUGAAAGCCAAUGAUGAGGGGUGUAUUAACGGCAAUAGUAAUACUGCUACAUUCAACUUGUGUUCCACAAGAAUCAUCUAGUGUCCAGGCCCAAAUAUCUGCACACACUUGGCUCUCAACUUCGGCUCAUGUGGUAGCUGCUAUUCAGAAACGUCUUCACCUCCAAUGUGUGUACGUAGUCCACAACAGGGCAGUCGACUUCGAUGAACAGCGAAUGACGUCACAAUUUUGGAAAUUGCUGUCACUGCACGGGAGACAGGUGGCAUUUUCUGGUCCCAGUGGACUAGGUCGCACAUCCGUUUGCGGUCGGAGUCCCAAUCUAUACGCCAUCAUCGCAGCAGACGAGAGCAGAAGCCACUGCAUACAAGAGUUUGCACAGAAACGUUACCUCUCACAAGGCAUUUGGCUUCUGUUCCUCAACACGACAACGAAAGAAGCGUUCGAAGACUCGAACGUGCCGUUCAACAGCCUUGUAGUGGUGGCAACACAGACCAGACAAAGGAUGGUAAUUCUCGAAGAAGUUUACCGAGUAUCUCCACAUCUGCCUCUUGUGACCCGGCGAAUAGGCACGUGGAACAGUACGACGGGUGAGCUGUCCUGGACCAGACAAGUAGACAGCAGGAGUCAUCUCCAUGGUCUGACCAUCAAGGCUGCCGCAAAUCACAAUCCGCCUUUCACUGUAGUAGAGUUGAAUAACAACCGAGCGCAACUUACGAAUGGAUUCUUUGGUAAAGUAUGGAAAAUACUAGAAAAGAGAAUAGGAUUCAGCACCGACUGGUUCACACCCCACAACACGACAUGGAACGAAACCACAGCGAACGGAACGGAACUUCUACAGCUGAUUUCUCGGAAACAAGUUGAUAUGGUGGUCUCUGACGUCACAAUUACUCCAUCCAGCGCAGAUGUCGUCACCUUUACUGUUCCGUUAUUAACGUACAGGUUUUCUGUUUUCAUCCGACUACCGGACAGCGAAGACUCGGACUGGAGCAUGUACCUAGAACCUUUCAGGAAGAGUCUGUGGCUUACUGUACUGGGUGCGAUUCCCAUAUUCGCCAUCUUCCUCUCAAUUUCCCAGUAUUGUGGGCGUGUACUGCGAAAAGAGGAGAGUAAUGGCAGAGACGCACAAUUCAGCUUCUGUAACUCUGUGUUCUAUAUGUUCGGUGCAUUAUGCCAGCAAGGGACCGACGUGACGCCAAAGGAGACCUCAGGCCGCAUGGUCUACAGUCUCUUCUUCCUCAGCACCUCGGUUGUCCUUGCCGCGUACUCGGGGCUCCUCGUCUCCUUCAUCACAAACAAAUAUGGAGCACUUCCAUUCAGUGAUCUGGACGGACUCCUUCGUUCUGGAAUAUAUUCAUUCGGCGUUUUAAACAACUCAAUACCUUUCACUUACUUUUCGGGUGCCAAACCAAAUACUACAUUACAUCGGAUUUAUUCCGAAAUUAUGACAAAAGACCCGAAGAAUUUUCCCAAGACAGAUGAGGAUGGUUUUCAGCGAAUCUGCAAUGAAAAGUAUGCUUAUAUGGCGCCUACAGAGUAUGUUGUAUCAGUCAUAGAGGCAGCGAACUGUGAUGUGGUUCCUCUACCAAGACAGUACUUUGAGAAGAUACUCGCCAUUGCACUUCCUAGCGACAGUGAAUACAAGAACCUCAUCAACCAUAACUUAAGGGCUAUGACGAACACAGGAGUGCUGAAGAAGCUUAAGGAGGACACGUGGACGCUGUCUUCACCGAAACCCAAGCCACACUGGAACAGUGUUGGAAUUAAGCAUAUUGCGCCCCUCCUUGCUGUCCUCUUGGUUGGCAUUGUGACAGCCUCCGUCCUACUCGUCUUUGAACUUUCAGGAGUUCCCGUCAUAAAGAAGUCCUUACUCCCAUGUUUCGAGAGACGUCUCAGGAGACAAACAAGUAGAGAAUUUUGGUAUCUAAAGUCUGGUUAAUAUAAUCAUAACCUACUCAUCUAAACAUUAUUUGUUGGUAUCCUAAGCAUGAAAACCUUUCCUGUGGCUACAAAUAAAGAGUUUUAUUUAUUCCCUGAUUCAUGCUUUAGAAGAUUUACUAAUGAUGACUAAUACUUAGGCUGUGAUUCAUAACUAAUUCAUAUACUGUCAUCAUUCUACUUUUUUGUUAUGUAACAAUGCUGUUACAACUGCAUAGGUUAUAUAGCAUUGAAUAACAGGACGCUUGAGAAUCGGUUGCGGCCUAUUUUAAGGCAUUAUACUAGAAUACUGAUAUUUGAAUCUGGAACCUCUCAAAUAUGAUCAGGAGUUCCAACCACCACAUGGUUUCAAUAUGUACAUUUUCACUUUGAUUGACAAAGAUUAUUUUCUUAAAAUAAUUAAAGUUGUACUUAAAUGAUGAA